AUGAAGACGACCACCGUUGCCUCCCUGCUGUUGGCCGGGACGGCUCUUGGCAACCCCGUCCACCAGAAAAGAGAUUCCGUCACGGCGCAGGUCAACUUUGCCAAUAACACGGGCAAGCCACAGCAUCUCGCAUCGGGAAUUUUGUAUGGGCUUCCGGAUACCUCGAAUCAGAUUCCUACCCGCUUUGCGUCCGCGCUCUCAAACUACAAAACCUCCCGCCAGCACGGCGCGAAAUUCAUCUUCCUGAUCCACGAUCUGUGGGGCGCCGACGGAACGCAGAAUUCCUCUGCACCCUACCCGGGCGACAACGGCGACUGGACCAGCUGGGACAACUACCUAACGCAUCUUCUCAGCGACAUCAAGGCCAACCGCAUGACCGACGGCCUGAUCAUCGAUAUCUGGAACGAGCCCGACCUCAGCUUCUUCUGGAAUCGGGAUCAAACGCAGUACCUGCAGAUGUGGGGUCGCACGUUCCACCGACUCCGCUCCGAGCUCGCCGGCGUUGAGCUCUCCGGACCCGCAUCCGCGGGCGAGCCCCUCCCCGGCAACAACUGGUGGAAGAACUGGGCGUCGUUCGUCGCGACCAACAAGAGCAUCCCCGACCAAUACGCCUGGCACAUGGAGGGCGGCGGCGGCGACUUGCUCUCCGCGCAGGCGGGGCUCGUCUACUGGCAGACGACGUACGGGCUGCCCGGGCGCCCCAUCAACAUCAACGAGUACGCCGUGCUCGACGAGGAGGUCCCCGCCGGCUCGGCGUGGUGGAUCAGCCAGCUGGAGCGGAUCAACGCGGUCGGCCUGCGCGGCAACUGGCUGAGCGGGUGGAAGCUGCAUGACUUUCUCGCCAGCCUGCUGAGCAAGCCCAACGCGGACAACAGCAACUACGACCCCACGGGCACGGGGUACUUCCCCACCGGCGACUACCAGGUGUACAAGUACUAUAAUCUGAACAUGACGGGUCACCGGGUGGGCACGCUUCCGUCGGCGGAUCUCAAGCUCGACGCGUAUGCGGCUGUGGGGGACGAUCGGGUUGCGCGGGUGCUGGUUGGCGUGCGCAUCGCCACGGGGACGUGGCAGUUGCAGUUGAAUCAGCUGUCUGCGCUGGGGUUGCCGACCAGCGGGACGCUGAACGUGCAUACCUGGGGCUUCCCUGUUGCGUCGAAUGUGCAUUAUGGUCAGGUGGAUGGGCCGAAGGAUCUGGGCUGGUAUGGACAUGUCUAUUCGGGGGAUUCGGUGACGUUCCCGGUUUACCAGACGGAUACCACGUCGGCGUAUGCGUUUGAGUUUAAGAUUUAA